GUGUUUCCUGCAGCGGGUGCUCCGUAGUUGCUAAGAUACGGCGCUUCAUCGCUGGAUGCUGAGCUGCCAAAUGAGGGUAAAGCUGUUUACAUGAGUCAGUUUUACCGCAGUGAGCCGCUGUAAUGAUGGAGGAAGGAGCAGACCUCUCUGUCACCAUCGCUCAGAUCGUCCACAGACUGAAAGGAGCUCAUUUACACUCACAGCUCGAGAAACAAGCCAGAGAAUGUUUACACAGGCCGGAGAUAAAGCUAGAAUCGCUGAAAGAAGACGUGAGGAGUUUCCUGAAGGCUUCAGGUUGGGAGAGGAAGUUGCAGAAUGCAGUCUACAGAGAACUGCACAUAUUACCUCCUCCUGGGCACCCUGCAGCUCCCCCUGAGCACACCAAAGAGCCCCUGGUGUACAUGCGCAAGGCCCAGGCGAGCUGGGAGAAGAGGAUACUAAAGAGUUUGAACAGUAUGUGCACUGAGUUGGGAGUUCCACUGGCACGGAAGAGGCCCGUUUCAGAACAGAAAGAGCUGACAAACAAAUGGAAUGAGAUGGGCACAGAUGAACCAGAUCUGAGCAAGUUCAGGCCUGUCUAUGCCCCCAAAGACUUCCUCGAGGUUUUAAUUAGUCUGAAGAACCCCAAUUAUGACUGCAGAGAGGGACUUACUGCCAGUAGCCACUGGGGACUAAUUCAGAUCUCCCUCAACGUGCGUGAUAUCCCACAGAUGAGAGAGGCUUAUCCAGAGCUCAGUCUGACGUGCAGCCAGCUCGGCAUAGAUGAUCACGCACACAUCCCCCCAGAUUUGUUUGAAAGCGAACACAUUCGUAUCGGGAAGAAAGUGGUGAGUGAGCAGGACAGUGCGGCUGCUCAGCAGUACAGCAGACAGGGCUGUCCCACUGGCUUCAGAGCUCAGCUAUGGGCUCUGAUCCUCAAUGCUACGAAUGAACCUGAGGACAUCAUGCAUUAUGAGCAGCUGAAGGCUGCAGUCAUACACCAUGACCUGCUGGUGGACAACCUAAUAUAUAAGGAUGUGAAACUGACCGCAAGUAAUGAUGACUAUUACUUUGUGUUUGAAGACUUUCUGUAUCAGGUCCUGCUGUGCUUUUCUCGAGACACUGCUGUUUUGGAGCAUUUCAGCUACAACAGCGCCACCCCUCCCAAGUCCUACAUCCAGGGCAAAACUGGGGCAGAAGAGUUCACUGUUGUCUAUCCUCCAAAUGGAGUUAUCCCCUUCCAUGGCUUCUCAAUGUACGUGUCUCCACUGUGUUUCUUGUACAAUGAGCCGUCUAAGCUGUACAGCGUAUUUAGAGAGAUGUAUGUGCGCUACUUCUUCAGGCUGCACUCUAUAUCCUCCUCCCCUUCAGGUAUAGUUUCUCUUUGCUUGCAGUUCGAGAGGCUUCUUCAAAACCACCUUCCUCAGCUCUUCUAUCAUUUGCAAGCGAUCGGAGCUCAGCCACUGCGUAUCGCCUUUAAGUGGAUGGUUCGCGCAUUCUCAGGGUACCUUUCCACUGACCAGCUGUUGUUGCUAUGGGACCGUAUCCUUGGCUACGACUCCUUAGAGAUAGUUGCAGUCCUGGCGGCCGCUGUCUUCACCUUCCGAGCUGAAAAUCUGAUGCAGGUGACAUCACUGGCUUCAGCUGAGGCCGUCCUCGCUGAUCUCUCGACCCUAAAGGUCAUGCCGCUGCUGCAGGUAUUUCUCUUUGCCUAAGUUAUGUGCAUGUGGGUGUUGCCCCCCAAGCGGUCUGCCAAGCUGUGCAUGGCCGUGCCAACUAAGUCAUUUGCAGCAACUGAUAACCUUUAAAAUGUAACAAGAUAAUAAGUGAAAACAUAAGCAGAACACAAGCAACAUUCGACACGCCACCGAAACAAAAGCUUGACUUUACAGUUUUAUCAGAUAGGCUUAAUGCCAAAUCAGGCCAGCAAGUACUAUAAUAUAUAUUCUGCUCAUGUUCAGGUUUUAAAAUAUGCCAGUCUUUAGAUGGUGUCAAAUUGCACACGCGAGUAUUAGUAAUAAGUGCAUUAAUAACUGCUGUUAAUGAAUUAUUAUGCAUUUGUAGAAAUAAUGCUGCUCUUGCCAAUUCAAUGUGCACCACUGAAAUGCUUAUAUAUCAUUUAUAUAUCAUGCUGACCCAGCAGUUGUAUGCCUUAUCAACAGUACAUUACAAGCAUUCAAAGCUGAAUGAAAACAAGUGCUGUAAUACAUAAAACAGUCUGGGGCUUGAUUCACAAAAUAUCUUCCAAUUAAAAAAUGUAGGUAGACACGGAGAAUGUUAUAAAUAUUUCAAGUCUCAAUUUUUUUAUAUAUAUAAUUUUAUCAAGAAUCUCAUCGCUGUUUUCGUAUUAAUGCCAUGUGUAACAGUCUUUCAUUCUGCAUUUGACAGCAUAAAAUACAAUGCAAAAUGUAUUAAAAAUGUUAGUUAAAUCCAUGCAGCUAAGAGAAAAAUGUUAGAAAAUCAGAAUCAAAAUAAGUGAUCAAAAAAUUUAAUUAAUUUCAAAAAGUGCUAGAAGUAAAUUUCUUUAUAUAGAGAGUAGCUUUGUAUCUUAUUAAAUUAGAAAUAUUUCUAAUUUUAGAAAUACCUGUCAGAAAAAUAUUGUUUUUAGAUGUUUUUCUUAUGUGAAAAUCUUGUUUGAUUAAAAAAGGCUUUAAUUCUUCUUAAAAAGACUUAAACCCAUUUUUCAAAGGUCUUACUUUGGUCUUGUUUUCCAAAUUAUAUGAAUGUUAGUUAUCUAGCUUAUUAAUUUAAUGUCAGCCUGUAGUAAAUUUAAUAAAGACUGAUUAGAUAACCCAAAUUUUGCACUAGAUUCUAUUUUUAGAGUUCAAAACAUAAUUUAUGUUCCUUUGAAAUAUUAAUUUAACAGGAAAAAAAAGAAUCAAAAGCUUACUGGUGUGUUUUUUUUGCCAAAAUGUUAUUGUGAAAUUAGACUUAAGUUUGUCUUUUGAUCAAAAAGUUUUAAAUAUGAAUUACCCCACACUUGCAGAUACCCUGAAAAAUACAUCUAAGAAUUUCUGUCUCAAGAUAUAUUUGUGAAUCCAGCCCCAGAUAUCUUAUUUAAAUCAUUUGUAUUUAAAAUGCAUGUACUUCUUUCUGCUUUGCAGAAGGCUUCUUUAAUUGAUUCCAUAGAUGAACCACAAGUUAAAUAAACUCUCACCUGUGUCAGUUUAUUAUUACACUCUGUGUGCCAGGCAUUUGUAGGGCUUGUACUGAUUAUGAUAUGUGCCUCAGAGCAAACAGCCUUCCCACUCUGUUUUAAUUUCAAUAAUUGUUUUACAUGCACAUACAUACUGGUUUGACUGAGGAUUUUGUCCACAUUUGUCUGUAUUAAAUGAUGAUCAUGUUCUAAUCUAAAUUGUAACACACCCGCCUCUUAAAAGGUGCUGUUAUGUAACAACCAAACAAACAAAUAGUAGGAGACUAAUGGGAAUUUGAAAGGACUGUUGUUUUUUUAUGUUGUAUACAUGUUGAUUUAUUCCUUGUUUUUAUGUGUAAAACAUACUUUUCACAUGCCAAUAAAAUCAGAUCUUCCUUUGGAACACAGCCUUUUUACUUAUGGUUUUUAUGGUACUUAUGUAUAUGUAAUGUAUUUGUUCUCCACUCUUGAAAAUCUGUCAAAUGUUUUAUUUUUAUCAUUUUUAUGUAAUAUAAAGUGAUGUAAGAUUAAAUGAACAGAUCAGGUGACAAUAUGAGCUGAUGUACAUUUUGAAACAGAUCCACAGAUAUGUAUAUUAAAAUGUUAUUUAAAGCUG